UCCCUCCUCGCCAGCCUCCUCCCCUCUCCUCCUCCCAGGACUAGGCGCACUCCCUCCUGCCCCGCAUCCAUUAAUGUCUGGGGGCUGAGGUGAGGAGAAAGAAGGGGGAACCGACUUCCAGGAGCGGCGGCACAGCCCCCCCGCCCCCCAAACCCCGACCCCAACCCCUUCCAAAAACAAAGACCCCCAAAAGAGGGGAGAAGGAAAAAGAAAGAGAAAGAAAUCCUAAAAGCAGCAAAAAAUACCCCGAAACAAAACCCGAAACAGCCGCCGCCUCCGAGCGGGCAGCGGGAGCGCUCCCGCAGCUCGGCGGCGGCGCUGGGGGCCGGCGCGGCUCGGAGCGGCCCGCCUGCCCGCGGCGGCGGCGGCGGCGGCGGGGCGGCUCUCCGCGGAGCGGCGCGGGGGCCUGGCGGCGGCGGGGAGGGCGCUCGCCCGCCCGCCGCACCGCGCCGUCCGCCACCGAUGCGCUGCCCCGCCGCCGCGCCAUGACCCUGAGCUCGGAGAUGUCCGAGGCGUCGGCGCUGGCUGAGGAGACCGACAUCGAUGUGGUGGGCGAGGAGGACGACGAGGAGGACGACGAGGAGCCGCAGCCCCGCCGCCGCCGCCGCUCCUACAACGAGGAGGAGGAGGAGGAGGAGGAGGAGGAGGAAGAGGACGAGGAGGAUGUGGGCGACCUCCACGACGACGCCCUGCUGCCGCGGUCGCCCGUGCGCGGCGGAGGCGGCGGCGGCGGCGCUGGGGCGGGCGGCGGGGACGGUGCCGGCGGCUCUCGGCCCCCCUCGCGGGGUGGCCCGCAGAAGGCGGCGGCGGCGGGCGGCGGCGGGGCAGGCGGCAGCGGCGGCGGCAGCGGCGGCGGCGCGGCGGGCGGCGGCGGCGGCAAGAACAGCCUGGUGAAGCCGCCCUACUCCUACAUCGCCCUUAUCACCAUGGCCAUCCUGCAGAGCCCCAAGAAGCGGCUGACGCUGAGCGAGAUCUGCGAGUUCAUCAGCGGGCGCUUCCCCUACUACCGGGAGAAGUUCCCCGCCUGGCAGAACAGCAUCCGCCACAACCUCUCCCUCAACGACUGCUUCGUCAAGAUCCCCCGGGAGCCCGGCAACCCGGGCAAGGGCAACUACUGGACGCUGGACCCCGAGUCCGCCGACAUGUUCGACAACGGGAGCUUCCUGCGCCGCCGAAAGCGCUUCAAGCGGCAGCAGCUCCCGGGGCCCGAGCUGCUGCUGCGCGCCGUGGACCCCGCCGCCUUCCUCCCGCAGCCCCCGCCCCAGCCGCCGCAGCAGCCGCCCUGCGCCUACGGACCCUACGGCUGCGGCUACGGCCUCCAGCUCCAGCCCUACCACCCCCACUCCGCCCUUUUCGCCUUCCACCACCCCUCCCCGCCGCCCCGCCAGCCCCCCGCCGCCCCCGGCGCGGCGCUGCCCCCCGCCGCCGCCGCCGCGCCGCCGGGCCCCUUGCUGCCGGCGGCAGAGCUGGCACGGACGCCCUUCGGCUACCCGCACCCGCUGGGCCCGGCGCUGGCGGCCUCGCUGCACGCCGCCAAGCCUGGCAGCGGCGCGGCGCUGGCCCGCUCGCCCUUCUCCAUCGAGAGCAUCAUCGGGGGGGGGGCCGGCCCCGGCGCGGGGAGCAGCUGCGCCUCGCAGUCGGCCGCAGCGCCGGGGCUAGCCCGCUCGCUGGGGAGCGCCGGGGGCGGCCUGCCCCCCGCCGCCGCCCUGCCAGCCGCCCCCGGCUUCGCGGCCCGGAUCUCUAACUGUUAAGGGUUUGGGAGUCUUUCCGAAGGUAGGACCGGGGGUAUCCCUUUCGGCGCCGCUCGCAUGCCCGGCGGACGGCGCCCAGGAACUGCGGGCUUUGCAUGGGGAUUUCGUGGUGGGGCUCGGGGAGCAUCCGCCGCGGCGGCGGGCCGCCCGGACCUGUGCUGGUGCAGACCCAGGUCUCGGUGCUGCAUGGGCAGGCGGUCACGCUGUUGGAAAGUUACUCGUUAUCCUUAAAAAGAGAAAAAUGGUGAUAAAUAACGUCUCUAAACAGUUAAAGUUUAGAGAUUCUCAGGUCUAGGAGCUUGAAAACGGUAAUGUACAGGAAAAAAAAAGGCUUGAGGGAGGACAGCAAAGCAAUACUUUUUCAUUUUAGUACACUUGUCUCAUGUACUUUUAUAAAAGAAAAGAUUAACAUGUUUACACAGAAGAAAGUCAAGAUUAUCAUUUCUUAUUUUAACCUGUGUUUUGUAUUAUAAUAGACUUACGGAGUUUUUUAUUUUGUACUUUAUGCUUAUUCUUUACAAGGA